AUGUCCGACUACGAGCUAUCAGACGUUCAGGCCAUCUCAUCGUCAACGGACUCCUCCCGUGUCGUCGCUCGCAUUCUUUCGCUCAACUGCUGGGGCCUCAAGUAUGUGUCAAAGUUCCGAGCACAAAGACUAGCCGCCAUUGCAGAGCGUAUUGCAGCCUCCGGUGACCGCUACGAUAUCGUUGCUCUCCAGGAAAUCUGGGUCGAAGAAGACUACGAGCUUCUACGCUCUGUGACAGCGCCGCAUUUUCGCUACCACAAGUACUUCUACUCAGGCAUUCUGGCAGGCCCUGGAUUGCUCAUCCUCUCAAAGUGGCCCAUCGAAUCUGCAAGCCUCUUCAGAUACCCUCUUAACGGUAGACCCUCGGCCUUUUUCAGAGGCGACUGGUAUGUCGGAAAGUCGGCGGCCUCGGUGGUCAUCAGACCAAUCAUCCACCACCACCCAACUGUUUCUUCAACUACAACUGCUGCAAUACAGGAAAUGGAGGCCCGACCUAUAGAAAUCCUCUCUACCCACUUACAUGCACCUUAUGGUCCAGGUGAUGCAGCUUACACUUGUCAUCGAACUGCACAGGCUUGGGAACUCGCCAGAUUGGCUCGUCGCGCAUCCCAACUAGGCCACGAGGUGAUUGUACUGGGUGAUCUCAACUCCAUCCCUGGAUCUCUUUCCCACCGUCUCUUCCAGCACACAGCAGGUCUUCGCGACUCGUGGCAAGAUCUUCAUGGCGAGUUUGAAGGUGGACCUGAAGCCAUGGGCCAACUAGCUCCAGAAGACCAAAUUGCUCUUGCAGGAACUACCUGUGAUUCCCAGCUAAAUACCUGGCGAGCAGACCGCCAGCGUCAUGAAGCAAAACGAUUAGAUUACAUUUUCUACGACCCCAAAUAUGCAUCGCCUUUAGACUGUCGCGUCUCCUUUGUCGAGCCCAUUGCAGGAAUAGGCUCCGUGUCAGACCAUUUUGCCGUCGAGGCCACUCUACUCAUUUCCAACAUUAUUAAUGGUGUCGCCACAACUUCUCCAAACCCCUUUGCAUCUAAUAUGAACCUACGUGCUGCUGCUACUGCUUCAUCUGAUGCUAAUGCAUCAUCUCAAAGCUCAAUGUCAUCUUUAGACCCUCCCCACCAAAUCCAACAACUUUCUAACCGUCGCUCCGGAUUACAACAUAACAUGUCGUAUGCACCGCCAGGCAACGGAGCCCCUGGAUCCAUUCAUAAGGUCCAGACAACUACGUCUUCAGCCACGCGUGACGAGCUUCGUCUACUAUACUCUGAUAUUCUCGAGCUCAUUGAGGAGUACAAACCCACCAGCAUUCUUCAGGCUCGGCUCCGCAACUAUCAUUUUAUUGCUUCCGUCAUAAUUCUUAUUGGCAUUCUUAUUGCCGUCUGGUGGGGUGCCGCCCAUAACCGCGCUUAUGUCGGGUUUAUUUUUAUUCUAGUCACAAUCGCAGUCGCUAUUACAGGACUCCUCGAUGGGCUAAUUGGGUUUCUGUUUGGCCGCAACGAAUGGCGCGCCCUUCUUGAAUUUCAAAGUGAAGUAGAACUAGAACUUCACUUUCUUGGAUAG